UGUAUCUAAUUCCCAGACUGUUUUACACCUAGCUCACACCGGGGGCCCUGCAGACAUGAGCAACACCCUAUGACGUCAUGCUACGGAUCCUGGCAACGCAUUUUCCUUCAGGGUUCCUAGGCUUCCCCAGGUCUUAAGCUCUAGGUGGUGCGCAGCGGAAGGGCGCGGGAGGUCUCUAAGCUGCUGCGAUGGGAGAGGGCCGCGGAGACACUUUCGCGGGGGUUAGCACAGACCGCCUGAAGCUAGAGCUGCUGGAGGAGAUCCACAUGAAGGAUGUCGUGCAGCUCUCGAUGCUUGAAAUACGACAUAAGAUAGCAGAGCUGGAGGCCAGCCUCAGUGUUGACCAUGCAGGCAGUGAGUGGAAAUCCCGAUAUGAGACCCAGCUGGAGCUGAAUGACCAAUUGGAAAAGCAAAUCGUGUCUCUGAAAGAGAAAAUGGAAAAGGUCCGUGGAAAUCCUUCAGAUAGACUAGCUUCCAUCCGUGCCUAUGAAAGAAUGCCGGUGGAAUCUUUAAACACGUUACUCAAACAACUCGAAAAAGAAAAGAGGAGUCUCGAAAGUCAAGUGAAAGACUACGCACUUAAACUUGAGCAGGAAUCCAAGGCAUACCACAGGACCAACAACGAGCGCCGUACAUGCAUCACGGAAAUGUCUCAGGUUUCUGGCUUAAAUCACGUUUCUAAAAGACAGCAGAUGGAUCCGCUGCCUAGAAUGAAAGACAGUCUGGUGAAAACUGGCAGAUACAAUCCCGUUAAUCAGAAGAUGGCGCAUGCCAAGAAAGGACCAGUGAAAAAGAUUUCAAGAUCAAACCAUCUUCCCAAACUCAACCCGUGAUUCCAGAGCUGGGCAGACUUCUAUUUUUCCAUCUUUUCUUCAUCCAGAAUCUUCAGUUUAGGUUGAUGUUCGACACGUUUCGCAGGGGCAAGAAAUAGAUAAGGAAGAGCAGCUUCUCUGGCUCUUUCAAAAAUCGAUUCGUCUGUCUGCUUAAAAGUCACGUGUCUCCGGUGACUCUAAAUGUCCAAUCCCUGUGCUUGUGGUUCCUAGCGUGUCCUAGGAGGGAGCCCGAAGGCUGACAUCGUCCCGAUACUCUAAGUAGGGUGUUUCUGGUCUGCCCUCAUUGCACUGCUAACAGUGUGUUUGGUUUCUAAGUUGGCCAUUAGCUAAAAUCUUACAUAGGAAAAAACCCUUUUUGCGAUUUUAGGUUGCAUCAUGCUCACUCAGCUCAGCUUGUUAAAAUCAAGGUUUCCAAACAGUCACAGAUCACAUGCACAUGAAAGUCUGACUGAGAUGCUGCCAAUAACUUCAGCCACGCACUGUGUUGUUCUCAGGCCCCACUCUGCUGGUAACCUCGAGCAUUUGGGGCAAAUUUUAUCACCUCAUGUAAAUUUUCCCACAUCUAUAAAAUGACUAUGUUAUAUUGUAUAGUUUACAAGAUUUCUUGCCAUUCUAGAAAGCUUAUUCAGUCACAGGGGCCUGCCACUGAAUAUGUGGCAUUAAAGUUGUCUUGUGAUGUUUAUUAACUCACAACAGUAGUCUAGUUCUUUGAAUCAAAAUUUUCAAGAGUCUGGAAUACUGGAGACUAGCAGUAACUAGAACAAGAAUAAGAGAAGAGUCAUCUAUUUUAAGACCCACAAACUUCAAUGAAUUCUGUUCAUGGUUAGGAAGUUUUGUGACUUCGAUGGUUUUUGUAACUGUAAUCUAGGCCAGGAAAAUUCAUAUAACUUACUUGCCCAUUUUAAUAAGAUAAAUUAUUGGAAUUUAAAUUUCCUAAGCCAGGUGGUGGUGGCGCAUGCCUUUAAUCCCAGCACUUGGGAGGCAGAGCCAGGUAGAUCUCUAUGAGUUCGAGGCCAGCCUGGUCUACAGAGCGAGUUCCAGGACAGGCACCAAAACUACACAGAGAAACCCUGCCUUAAAAAAAACCAAAAAAAAAAAAUUUCCUGUGAAUAUUUUAAAAAGUGAUGCUUUGACCUGUAUCUGAUAAGAGGUAUCAUUUGCUUCUUUCUAUAUGUUAUGUGUCUCUUACAACUGAAGGACUUCUGUCUGUGCAUGUAUGUAUAGAUGUAUGUGUAACAUGUGCAGAUGAUUGGAUUGCUGCUGUGCUCAUGAACUCACAGCAUCUGUGACUGCCUGCACAAAACCUGCACAAGAUCAAGCCAGCCGACAUUCCAGCUCCAAUGGAGAAGGGGCCCGUGGGCCCCACCCCAGCUGAGGAACUGGUGAAGGUGGGAGCUGCCAGGGAAGGGAGAGUCUGUUUCUUCUAAGGGCGUGGUCCCUGGUAGGCUCACAAUUCUCCAGGAGACGGCCCCACAUCCAUGCAUUUAUGGGCAGC